AUGUCUAUAGGCCAGGCAGCUUCAACAUACCUAACACAACGCCCCGGCGACGCCUUGGGAGGCACAGGACCCCAUAGUUCAUUAUGGCCUGACUGCCUCCAGCCAUCAUUUGAACAUGGCGUUAUCUGUUUCGAGACAGAGGCAUCUGGGCUAAGGGAUGCUGCUCAGUUCUUGGUUAUUCGAGGAAUUUGCGACUACGCGGAUUCGCACAGGUCUAAGCUCUGGCACGCCUACGCGGCAGCAGCUGCAGCAUAUGCAAAAGAGGUCCUCUCUUUUAUACCUAUGGUGUCUAAUACAAUGCCUCUGGCCACAAACUCGUAUACUGAGGCUGCGCCCGUUCUUGACGCUUUGCUUCUAACAAGGCCCAUGGUUGAUCGGAAGUCCCUCAUUACAUUGAAAUGGCUGGCAGAUGCGAAUCACUCACUCCUCUGGAUCUCAGGUGGCCCUGGAAAAGGGAAGACUAUGCUGGCGAUUUAUAUUACCCAGGUGCUACAGCCAGUAGUUGACGCCGCCGAUAAUGUUCUCCUCUACUGCUUCCGCAGUAACCGCGAUAAGGACCGGAAUACCGCCUUGACUAUCAUGAGAGGCAUCCUACAUCAAUGGAUGGACCUCCAUCCGCAUCUGGCUAAAGACAUCAAGAACUCCUUUGAGGGAACGGAAACAACCAAAUAUACUAUUUCCAGUUUUCAGAGCACAUCUUCCCAGGUAGUCAGUGUUCUGGACGGUCUGGAUGAAUGCGAAAAGGAAUCACUCAGGCAGCUUCUCGAUUCCGUUAGUAAUUACUUGUCGAAGUCUGGGGAAAAGGCAAGGCCACGGCUGAAACUCAUUAUCUUCUCUCGGCCUCAGCAGGCUAUUUUGGAGAGCAAACUUGCAAAACCUUUCCAAAAAGAUAGUCAACAGACCUUGCUGGCUGGCGUUGAUGGGACCAUUCUGUGGGUUGGAUUCGUUGCUAAUGAGCUUCAGGGCAGGAGCUGGAGCGAAACCGAUGAAGUUCUCCGCCAUAUUCCUAAAGGCCUAAGUGGGAUUUAUCAGCGGCUUCUUCUGCAGAUCAGAAACAAGGAAGUAUUGGUCCCUAUUCCUCAAUGUGUCGUUCUCGUUGCCUGGCCCCUCACACUGGAAGAAUUGACCGUAGCUGUAGGGAUUAAGACGGCUGGUACUCUUCUAGCAACGCAAGUGACCAAGAAUCGGCUUAGGUUCGCUGGGCUGCUUGUAGCGGCCGAAGGAGAUGUCAACUUAGUUCAUGGAUUGACCUGCUUAGCACACGUCGAACGCGGAUACGGAAAUCCCGGAAGGGUUCACGAAAUGUCUAGCCACGAUCCCUUCUUAUCUUAUGCCAGCCAGUACUGGCCGGCGCAUUUCCACCACGUUAUUCAUGUGAUCGAUGCGCCGUCCGAGUGCUCACGUCUAUUCUUCCAAGUCGACUCUCCGAUCCGGGACGAAUGCAACGUGCCCUGGGCCAAGUUGUUGAUCAGCAAGUAUGCCCGCCUCAUUUCGCGAAAGGACAACUACGGCUGGACGACGUCGUCCUGGGUCGUCAAACAAGGUCGCCGAGAAAUGGUGGAACUGCUGCUUGACUAUGGUGCGCGUGUCAAUUUCAAAGAUCGAAGCAUGUUAACGGCACUCCAUAUCGCGGUCACCGGACAGCACAGGGACGCCGUGUCUGUGCUGCUCGAACACGGCGCCCAUCUCGAGGCCAAGGCGGAGUAUGGAAUUACCGGAGCACGGGGCGCGCGUGAACAAAUUGCCAGCUCUUCUGGGAGUUGCUUCCCUGAGGGGACCUACGGACCCAGUGGACGAGCGGGUGAAAGAGCUACUUGGGCUCUAGGAGCAGGUCUUCGCCGCACGCUUCAAGCGUUCGUCGCGAUUUGUCGACCUGGUCAUGAAAGGGCUGGGCUUUCCCCUCUGCUUUCCCCUUCUUCUCGAUUUGAUGUCCAUCCAUCUCAAUCUGCCCGUACUACAGGAGCUCGUCCAGGAGAGCAAAACGGACGAACUGCGAGAAUGGGCCAAACUGUACUUACGUUAGUUGGGCAUGAGCCAUGUCACAUCCCUAACCUAGUUGUCAAAUCUCAAGAUUUGUUUGGUGUGUAG